UAUUCUCAAAAGAAAAAAUGUCAGUUUAACAGCAAAAAUUGUUUUAAAUUCACAAAACAUUAGGUCCCUAACAAAAUUGUUGUGCGGUAAAAUUUUGGUAUAGCUUUGGCCAAAUUAUGACUGAAACGAAUGAGAAAAGUGCGAAUAGUUCGCUGGCUAACACCGUGCUAAGCGAAGUGGACUCGAUUCUUGCUAUAAGCAGCAGUUCCUUGGAGGCCAUUUCCCAAACAACCAGUUCAGAAUUGAGGCAAAUUGUGGCAAGGACCUUGGAGGAAAUUCAAGCAGAUCCCCAAUACGCCGACCUCAAUGUAAAUGAAAUACUGGAAGUGGCUCUGCCCAAAAUUAAGAGCGAAUUAUUGAGCUGUGACACGGUCUACAAGGAGGUUCAGCAUAUCAAAAAACUACUGGAAUCCUAUGUUCAGCAAGUGCAGGCAGUGGAUCAUGAUAUAGCUGAGAUAUUCCUGGACUUGCACAACAUCUACAGAAGGCUGGAAAAACUCGAUGGCAGUGGCAGGAAGCUGAGCAGCCCCAAAAAAGCAAAGUUAUUAAAGCAUGUCAAAGAGUCUGAGGAUUUGCUGAGCCGUUCAAGGCAUUAUCUCACCAACGAUCCCAAGGAGAUGAGUGCCAGCCUUGUUGGUCCACCCAAAGAAACCCCUUCGAACUCCAAGGGGGCCUGAGCCCACUUGGACCGCCCUGCGGAGGGAAGUAUCGCAAGCUUCACAGGAAAAGUACCGAGAAGUGUAUCUUUCUCACCAACAUGGUAACGUUCAAGAAAUCGGACUAUUCCAUAAACCUCAAUCGCUUCAAGACGUACUUCAGAGAUGCCAAGCGGGCAUUAAAUUUGGACUGUAGUUAAAAGUUAAACUUUUGUAAUAAUAUUUUGAAUAAAAAGCUGUACCGCACCACUUA